AUGGAGGCUCGACGUAUACCGCGUCCUUGGUCAUUGCCGCUCACUGUCCAGGGGCGUCCAACACAGCCACCGUUGGUCACUAUCCAGGGACCUACACCACAAUCACUGUCGGUCACUGUCCAGGGGCGUCCAACACAGUCACCGUUGGUCACUGCCCAGGGGCCUCCAACACAGCCACCGUUGGUCACUCUCCAGGGACCUCCACCACAAUCACUGUCGGUCACUGUCCAGGGGCGUCCAACACAGCCACCGUUGGUCACUCUCCAGGGACUUUCACCACAGCCACCGUUGGUCACUGUCCAGGAGCGUCCAACACAGCCACCGUUGGUCACUGUCCAGGGGAGUCCAACAGUCACUGUCGGUCACUGUCCAGGGGCGUCCAACACAGCCACCGUUGGUCACUCUCAGGGACUUUCACCACAGCCACCGUUGGUCACUGUCCAGGAGCGUCCAACACAGCCACCGUUGGUCACUGUCCAGGGAGUCCAACAGUCACUGUCGGUCACUGUCAGGGGCGUCAACACAGCCACUGUUGGUCACUGUCCAGGGGCGUCCAACACAGCCACCGUUGGUCACUGUCCAGGGGCGUCCAACACAGUCACCGUUGGUCACUGUCCAGGGGCAUCCACCACAGCCACCGUUGGUCACUGUCCAGGGGUGUCCAACAGUCACUGUCGGUCACUGUCCAGAGACAUUUAG